AAUUAAUUUUCAUUUCUGAAACCCAACGGAAGGGAAAAAUAAAAAGACAAAAUUGAUCUCAUUUUCCAGGAAAAGAUCCUAAAAAAAAAAAACCCUAAUUUUCACAAAAAACUCCAGAAGCUUUGAAUCAAAAAUGGCUUCUCGAAGACGCAUGCUACUCAAGGUCAUAAUCCUUGGUGACAGCGGGGUUGGAAAGACAUCUUUGAUGAAUCAAUAUGUUAACCGCAAGUUCAGUAAUCAGUACAAAGCGACCAUUGGAGCUGAUUUUUUGACGAAAGAGGUCCAAUUUGAAGAUAGGAUUUUCACGUUGCAGAUAUGGGAUACAGCAGGGCAGGAAAGAUUUCAAAGUCUAGGUGUGGCAUUUUAUCGUGGUGCAGACUGUUGCGUGCUAGUUUAUGAUGUAAAUGUCAUGAAAUCAUUUGAUCACCUCAACAACUGGAGGGAGGAGUUCCUGAUCCAGGCUAGCCCUUCAGAUCCUGAGAAUUUUCCAUUUGUCGUAUUGGGGAACAAGGUCGAUGUUGAUGGUGGUAAUAGUCGAGUGGUGUCUGAGAAGAAAGCAAAGGCAUGGUGUGCCUCCAAAGGUAACAUUCCUUAUUUUGAAACAUCUGCAAAAGAAGGUUUCAAUGUGGAAGCUGCCUUCCAGUGUAUAGCCAAAAAUGCUCUCAAAAAUGAACCUGAAGAUGAGAUUUAUCUCCCGGACACCAUCGAUGUGGGUGGAGGACAGCAGCAAAGAUCUUCAGGUUGCGAAUGCUAAGAAAACAGCAACUUCUCAAAUGUUACUUUACACGCUAAGGUUACUCAACUUCUUUGUAUAUUACCUUAGCUCAGAGGGAAUUACUUUAUUAAUUUAUUAUUUAGGGUAGGAUGUUUUCUUUUUAGUUCCAUUUGUUGUUUCAGCAUUUAUCGUAUGCCACUCUUUAAGAAUCCAAUUGUUUAUAUUUUGACGUUUCUAA